AUGAACCCACUGCCAAAAAACCAUACUGUAAGCUCUGAGUUCAUCAUCCUGGGCUUCGGAGACCUGGUGGAACUGCAGAUGCUCUUCUUUGGGCUCUUUCUAAUCAUGCAUCUUGUCACACUAGCAGGGCACACGACCAUCGUGCUCGUCACCCUCAUUGACUCCUGCCUCCAGACCCCCAUGUAUUUCUUCCUUCGCAACCUGUCUGCCAUUGAAAUUUGCUAUAUAUUGGUUAUUGCCCCUAACAUGCUGGCCAAUUUCCUGUCCAGGAGCCAGAGGAUGUCCUUCAUGGGCUGUGCCCUGCAAAUGCACCUCUUCAUUGCCCUGGGUGGGGCAGAGUGCUUCCUGCUGGCCGUGAUGGCCUACGACCUCUUUGUGGCCAUCUGCAACCCCUUGCGCUACCCGCUCAUCAUCACCAGGGCCCUGUGUCUGCAGAUGCUGGUUAUGGCGUGCUUCAGUGGCUUCGCCCUCUCACUCACUCUGACCACGCUGAUAUUCCUCCUGCCCUUCUGUCAAUCCCAUGAAAUCAAUCAUUUCUUCUGUGACAUCCCUGCUGUGCUAUUCCUGGCCUGCUCAGACACACGAGCCAACGAGAUUGCCGUCUUCCUUGUCUGCAUGCUCAUCCUCCUGAUCCCCUUCUCGCUGAUCCUGCUCUCCUAUGUAUUCAUUAUUAUUGCCAUCCUCCGAAUCCACUCAGCUGAGGGCAGGAGCAAAGCCUUCUCCACCUGUGCUGGGCACCUGCUGGUCUCUGUUCUGCACUAUGGCUGCACAAUCUUCAUCUACAUUCACCCGAAGUCCUGCUACACCCCAGAGCAGGACAAAAUCGUGUCCUUAAUCUACACCAACGUAACCCCCAUGCUCUACCCUAUGAUCUACAGCCUGAGGAACAAGGAAGUCAAGGACGCACUCAGGAGGCUUCUGCAGCACCGCAACCCGAAGAAGCAGCAGCCCAGUGCAAGGUGA